CACGCACGCGUGCGUACACGCGCGCGCGGAGCUGGCGCGCAGAGCAGUGGCGCCCAUCCUCUCUCUCAGUGCGACUCCUCCGAGGGAUCAGGAGUAGACUAAGUCAAACUUCCAGAUUAAGAAUUGUGCGCAGCCUUUGAAGAAUCCAAGUCGCCAAGAUCAGAGGGUGGAAACAUGGAACCUUUAAUGCCAAGAAUCGAAAGGAGUCCAACAUAUUAAUUUACCAGGUGUCUGUCCUGAUGUUCCCAUGUGUCAGUGGCCGUCUACUCAUGUACUUCUUCAUGCAGCAGGACUGAUGUCCAGAUGUUGCACCCCUCCAUGUGUGGUCCAGUUCAACUCUCCCUGACCGUUUCAUGGGCCACAGAUCAACCCCAGCAUCCACACCCACCGCACGUCGCACACCUCCCCCUUAACCCCUCACCCCUAACCUCCAUCCUUAGUCCCACACCUCCCUCAGCUCCACCCACCGCCAGGCUUCUCCAAACGUUGUGACAAUCGUAAACUCUCCGAGCCCGACAUGGUGGCCCGCGUUCCCACUUUGGUCUUGGUGGUGAUGUGUCGGGGGGUCUUGCUCUCCGUCGGGGACCCACCUCAGUCUCGCCGAGAGAUCCGCAUUGAGGGCGACCUGGUGCUCGGCGGCCUGUUCCCUGUGCACGAGAAGGGCGCGGGGAUGGAGGAGUGCGGCCGUGUGAACGAGGACAGGGGCAUCCAGAGGCUGGAGGCAAUGCUGUUCGCCAUAGACAGAAUCAAUAAGGAUAGCGCUCUGCUGCCAGGGGUCUCCCUUGGGGUCCACAUCCUGGACACCUGUUCCAGGGACACCUAUGCACUGGAGCAGGCUCUGGAGUUCGUCAGGGCCUCCCUCACUAAGGUGGAUGACACGGAGUUCAUCUGUCCGGACGGAUCCUACGCUCUGCAGGAUGACAGCCCGCUCGCAAUCGCCGGAGUCAUAGGAGGAUCCUUCAGCAGCGUCUCCAUACAGGUUGCCAAUCUGCUCAGGCUCUUCCAGAUUCCUCAGAUCAGCUACGCCUCAACGAGCGCCAAGCUCAGCGACAAGACGCGCUACGACUACUUCGCCCGCACGGUGCCCCCCGACUUCUACCAGGCCAAGGCCAUGGCUGAGAUCCUGCGCUUCUUCAACUGGACGUACGUGUCCACCGUGGCUUCAGAGGGCGAUUACGGGGAGACCGGCAUAGAGGCCUUCGAACAGGAGGCGCGCAUGAGGAACAUUUGCAUCGCCACGUCGGAGAAGGUGGGACGUUCUAACGCUAAGAAGUCCUACGAGGCCGUGAUACGGCAGCUCCUCCAGAAGCCCAACGCCCGCGUCGCCGUCCUCUUCCUGCGCAGCGACGACGCCAGGGAGCUGCUGGGCGCCGCCGCCAGGCUCAACGCCUCCUUCAUCUGGGUGGCCAGCGACGGCUGGGGCGCCCAGGAGAGCAUCGUCAAGGGCAACGAGGUCACCGCCGAGGGCGCCAUCACGCUGGAGCUGGCGGCCAAUCCCGUCCCGGAGUUCAACCGCUACUUCCUCAGCCUGAACCCGGCCGUGAACCACCGGAACCCCUGGUACAGGGAAUUCUGGGAGCAGCGGUUCCAGUGCUCCUCGGGCGGCGGAGGGGCGGCGGCGGGCGGCGCUGGACCGGAAGAGGCGCCUCACCCACCGUGCGACGAGGACUUGGCGAUGGACAGGAGCAACUUUGAACCGGAGUCGAAGAUCAUGUUUGUGAUAAACGCGGUGUACGCCAUGGCUUACGCGCUGCACAACAUGCAGCGGAGCCUGUGCUUCAACACCACCAAACUGUGCGACAGCAUGAAGGCCUUGGACGGGCGGAGGCUCUACCGGGAUUACAUCCUGAACGUCAGCUUCCCGGCCCCUUUCUCGCCCCCAGGCAGCGAGACGGUGGUGAAGUUCGACUCCCAGGGCGACGGCAUGGGCCGGUACAACAUCUUCAGCUACCAGCGCUCGGGCGACCGCUACGGCUACGCGCCGGUGGGCGAAUGGGCGGAGAGCCUGAGCCUGAGCGGCGACCUGAUCCACUGGCCCCGGGAGGCGGUGCCCACGUCGCAGUGCAGCGACCCCUGCGAGCGCAACGAGAUGAAGAAGAUGCAGGCAGGUGAGUACUGCUGCUGGAUCUGCACAGCCUGUGAGCCGCACGAGUAUCUGGCUGAUGAGUUCACGUGUGCGCCCUGUGCCCCCGGCCAGUGGCCCACUGACGAUCUGACGUCCUGCUAUGACCUUCCCGAGGACUACAUCAUGUGGGAGGACGCCUGGGCCAUUGGUCCAAUUACCAUAGCCUGUGUGGGGUUCAUGUGCACCGGUCUGGUGGUUUGGGUGUUUAUCCGGCACAACGACACGCCGCUGGUGAAGGCAUCGGGCCGGGAGCUCUGUUACAUCCUGCUCUCGGGGGUCUUCAUGUCCUACGCCAUGACUUUCCUGUUCCUGGCCAAGCCCUCCCCCGCCGUCUGCGCCCUGCGGCGCCUCGGCCUGGGCACGUCCUUCGCCGUGUGCUACUCCGCCCUCCUCACCAAAACCAACAGGAUCGCCAGGAUCUUCAGCGGCGUGAAAGACGGCGCCGGCGCGGCGCGGCCGCGCUUCAUCAGCCCGUCCUCUCAGGUCUUCAUCUGUCUGAGUCUGAUCUCGGUCCAGCUGGUGAUGGUGUCGGUGUGGCUGCUGCUGGAGGUCCCGGGGACGCGGCGCUUCACGCUGCCCGAGCGACGGCAAACGGUCAUCCUCAAGUGUAACGUGCGCGACGCCAGCAUGCUGCUGUCGCUGGGAUACGACGUGCUGCUGGUCAUCCUGUGUACUGUGUAUGCCUUCAAGACCAGAAAGUGCCCAGAGAACUUCAACGAGGCCAAGUUCAUUGGCUUCACCAUGUACACCACCUGCAUCAUCUGGCUGGCCUUUCUUCCCAUCUUCUACGUCACGUCCAGUGACUACAGGGUCCAGACCACCACCAUGUGCAUCUCCGUGAGUCUGAGCGGCUUCGUGGUCCUCGGCUGCAUGUUUGCACCCAAGGUCCACAUCAUCAUGUUCCAGCCCCAGAAGAAUGUGACCAGCCACAGGCUUAACCUCAAUCGCUUCAGUGUCAGCGGGGCUGCCACCUCAUACGCGUCUCAUGCUUCCGUCAGCGCCCACUACGUCCCGACCGUGUGCAACGGGAGAGAGAUCGUCGACUCCACCACUUCCUCCCUGUGAGCGCAACACGUCCUCUCCCUAAAUAAAGCCCCUGCGACUGUUAGCCAAGCCGUGAAUCCAUGAUCAACCACCUCUGCCCAUCGAAUAGGCCCACUUUACUGACUCACACACACACACAAACAUGAUCAACCUUAAUUGUGGACUAGGACUAUAUUGUUUCACAAAUGUAGAAAGUGUGUAACUAUAAUUAAAUUAUUUUCUAGGGUUGUACAUACAUGGAUAGAUCUUGUUGUAAGUAGAGAAACAAAAGAACAAAAAAAGUUUUUAGGAGGAAUUUUUGGAGCCUUUGUUUUUGAUAGCUUUGUUAUGAUGCGGUGUAAAUAGACAUGCACUAAGUCAUGGUAGGAGGGUGUGUGUCCCUCAGCUCGGAUGCACAUUCGUGGCUCUGCUUGCCUCACCUGCAAUAUCCCACAGACUUUCUAUUCUCAUGCUUUUUUUGUAGGUCUCAUUGUAAUAACAGAUGAUGUAUGCAUUUCUAUUGUGUAUCUGUACAUUUGUAUAUUACGCUACUGAUGGUUCAAACAGCACAACGGUCUUGUACCCCGGAACGAAUGUGGACAAAAAAAAAAAAAAAAAAAAAAAAAAAAAGCAUAAACUGGAUUGGCUGCAUCAACAGGAAAGGACAACAACCACAAAAAGAAUCCAUCACUCAUCGAUCUAACUGAGCUGUGCCAAAACACGACUGUCCGUUUGAGAAUUUGUUUAGUCACUUUGACCGAUCUGCUAAUAAUCUCAUUGUGGCUGCAAUCGUUGCUGGAAAAUGUCUUUUGCUUUUGAUACAGAUGUUCGUUUUUCUAUUUCUAAUCAUGGAUUCCCUUUAUCUAAAUGGCCAUAGUUCCAGACAUGUGUUCACCAACGCAACGCUCUGUUCACUCCCACUCUCAAACUGUUCUUUCUUUAGCCGAUCGUUGUAAUGGAUUGCUAUUAACGAGCAGAGCUGACGAGGUGGACUGCAAAUGUAUUUCUGCUGCCGCAAAUCUGCCAGCACGAGUCCUGGCUCACUAUUCUGCUUUACUUCUACUCAAAUGAAUUGCUGCUUUGCUGAACACAUGUUUUUUUUCCAGACAAAGAGCAGUAUCUCGUGUUUUUAUGCCCCAUAGAUACAAUGUGUGGUGAUGUUUUGAAUAUGGCUAUGUGCCUUAAUGUAUGUUCGACAGUGCUGCAGGUAAAGGUCGUAGGGGAUCGGUUCUGGAUUAUCAGCUGCACCUUCCGGUCCAGUCGCUGUAAAGGCGACUGUUUCCGCGUGGAGUGCGUCUUUCAGGGCAACACUAUGCUAGUUAGCUGUAUUCCCUACCAAGCCUUCUGCCAUCGAUUGUUUACUUGAAGCGUAGAAAAGGUGACUCUGAGGACUUUCUGUUCCCCGCUUCUAUCUCCAGUCUGUUCUGUAAGAAUACUGACGUUUCUAAUAGGCUCCCAUCCCCUGAUUUCACAGCGUGGCUCCGGGCAAAAGGAGAGAGAAAGAGGUCGAGAAGCUCAUAAACCAUUAAGAUGAUGUCACUGACCCAUCAACUUACUGAAGUGUGCAGUUUACAUAUCUGUGUUAAAUGUGUUGACAUGGGGCGGCACAGUGGAGCAGCUGGCUCCGGCGGUCCCGCAGAGGCUCACGCGAGGAAGCGGAGCACACGCGCUAACAAAAGGAUGUUAGAGUAGAGCUCGCGAUGUGCAGAACAUUCAUCAAAACAUCAGGUUCCAUCAGCCUCUCCGUUCGUGGCUGGAAACACGGCAGACUCUCCACCGGGCGGCAGUCAUGGAGGUGGGAGAAUGAACGAUGGAAGCAAUUAGGGGAAAACAUGUUGAAAUAGGCCGAAUUAGUGGCUUCAUUUAACAUUAGAGUAUAUUUCAUUUUAAAAAGAGGCCUCACAUGCAAAAAUGAAUUGCACGUGUCAGGAAAUCGAUAAUAAAAAAACUUACAUCGUUACAUAACUUACGGUUGAAAAUAUGACUGUUAUUUACUGUAAAACAAAACUAUUGGAAAAUUAGUGUUCUCCAUUGGCGAACAUUUCACUCUGGAGCAGUUUCCCUUUUGCGCAGCCAGUCUCCCAGCCGCCAUGAUAAUCAGUGAGUGAUAGACUGAAACAUUUUCAGAGGAUGCGCCGUCGAGAGCCGACCUACAUGGGGGUGCGGGGAGCAGGCGGAGCGAGCGGCGCGGCGGAGCUGCCGCUGGAUUAUGUAAAGCGCUCCCACAGCCCAGAAGUCACAAUGUUUCUUUGGAAGCUCAAAAGCAUCUCAGAGAUCCACCGUCUUUGUUAACAAAGGGCUUAGCCAUUCACUCCGUGGUCCUGCUCCCACAAGAUACACCCCGCAUGGCCGGUUGCUACGGACAACCACCGCCGCAUCCGCUGCCGGAAUGUCUGUUUGCCUGCGCGGAGAGGAGGGUGGGAGUCGAGGGCGAACGAAGAAAGAGAGAGAGGGGGAAAAAAAAUGCUGGCUUCUGGUUCAAAUUGGCAGAGACUGGUGAGAUUUGGCUCAGCACAGCCCGGCACUCUACUCCCAGCUUUUAAUGGCCACACAAAUAGAGCACUUAACCCUGAUUCUCCUCUCAUUUAGUCCAGGGACCAGUCCCGGACAACAGUCUCACACUCUCCCCCUGACCCGCUCCCACUCCCUCAGCCUCACCCCUUCAACCUUCCCUCUGCCACCUUUGUCUCCAUCAUCCACCGCGCUGUGUGUGAAACUUGCUGCCGCGUCGGUCUCAGCAAAGACCACCUAAGCCGGGCCAGCAGACUGGCGGCCCACACUUAGGCUGAAGCACCCAGAUCUGGGCGCCCACUGCAGCCUUGCCAACGGAGCAGGCUGGAGGAGGUUGGAUGAGGGAUGAGGGGAAGGCAGGAAGCAGAUCCGAAAGUGUAGGGGGAGAAAAAAAACAAUGGGAUUUAGAUGUAAAGAAAAUGGAUUACUUUGAAAUACACCACCUCUCUCACUAUUCCACACAGCUUAUCAUCUCAUGUACCCAGGAGCUCUCUAUGGAUGCCUCCCUAAUUGGCCUUACACAUGAAUGUCCCUUUCAAACAGCACACCAUCCACUACAGACAUUUUUGCUCCACCAUUCAGCUGCUGCCAACUGCCAUGUGCUCCACAAAGGUCUCUGUGCUGCAGCCCCCCGCUAUAUAACAGAAUGUGUCCUUGGCCUCCGGGUUUUUCUAACGAGACAAGAUCUCGGCGGCAACACGGAGCCGAGGUCAAGCAGAGCCUGGAACCGGCCAAUCACAAAGCAAUAGGUCUGUGUUUAUGAUGCGUGCAAUAAAAAGGAGGCUGUGAUGACAUCGUAUUAAAUAACAAUGAGCAAACA